CAACACGCGCAGUUCGAGUACCCUAUCCACCGGCUGGAGAACCGGAGCAUGCACUCUUAUUCCGAGCCUGUAUUCAACAUGCAGCACCCUCCACCGCAGCAGGCGCCCAACCAGCGGCUGCAGCAUUUCGACGCACCCCCCUACAUGAAUGUGGCCAAGAGGCCGCGCUUUGACUUCCCGGGCAGCGCGGGAGUGGACCGCUGCGCUUCGUGGAACGGCAGCAUGCACAACGGCGCUCUGGACAACCACCUUUCGCCCUCCGCCUACUCGGGCCUACCCGGCGAGUUCACGCCACCUGUGCCCGACAGCUUCCCCUCGGGGCCACCCUUGCAGCAUCCGGCCCCGGACCACCAGUCCCUGCAGCAGCAGCAGCAACAGCAGCAACGCCAAAAUGCUGCCCUCAUGAUCAAGCAGAUGGCGUCGCGGAAUCAGCAGCAGCGGCUGCGCCAGCCCAACCUGGCCCAGCUAGGCCACACCGGAGACGUGGGCCAGGGCGGCCUGGUACACAGCGGCCCAGUGGGUGGCUUGGCCCAGCCGAACUUUGAGCGCGAAAGCGGCGGCGCGGGCGCCGGGCGUCUGGGCACGUUCGAGCAGCAGGCUCCGCACUUGACGCAGGAGAGUGCGUGGUUC